AGAGCAUACAUAGCGCACUACAAGCUAUUGUUUCGUACACAUUGGGAGUGAGCUUAUGCAGGAAGUGAGAAGAUAUUUGGCGUUUGGCAUGUGAAAGGAGCGUCGACACGUUGUGGUGGAGUAGAGGGAAGUCUUGCGGCGUAGAGAUACAUUAUCCGCGUUGAAUAACAACAAACCAGAGAGAGGUUAUUUGAAUUGAGGAGUUGGUGGAGGUGGACGUGUAAUUGUGCGGCUCACACACUGGAGAUCUGAUUUCAAGCUCCACUGUUAUGUUAGCUGUCUUAGCAAUGGUGGAGUGGUGCAAGUUUGUUGCUGGAGAGCUGAUUUGCCCAUGGUAAAGAAAAGCAAAAUGUGGCAGAGAACGUCCGACUUCCACCACUAGACUCUUCAACAUGUUUCACGUUUUCCUUUGAGUGACAUUAUACCCUCUGCCAUGGUGUAGAUCUGUCGCUUCACUUUCUUCCCCUGCGUCCUGAAGAGUGGGUGCUGCUUGUAAGCCCCACACUCACUACGUGCGCCAUGCCGAGCAAUGGCCGAGUGGGGAGAUCCAUGUUCUCGAAGCUUCUUUUGCCGUUCAGGAGGCCGCGUCAGGAGAGGGUGAUCUUGGCGCGCAGCGAGAGCGUACCCAGCGAGCAUGUCUUGAAAGUCACCAUUACCGAGACGACGGUGAUCGAAGCCGACUCGGGUGUGUGGAAUUCCAGAUCGCUGGCAUACCUCGGCUUGUGGUACUUCUUCAGCUUCUGUACACUCUUUCUCAACAAAUACAUCCUGUCUCUGCUGGAGGGAGAGCCAAGCGUACUGGGUGCUGUACAGAUGCUCUCCACCACAGUGAUUGGCUGUAUCAAGAUGUUUGUGCCUUGUUGCCUGUACCAGCACAAAUCCCGUGCUGAAUACCCACCCAACUUUCUCAUGAUCAUGCUCUUCGUGGGAUUAAUGAGGUUCACCACUGUGGUGUUGGGGCUGGUUAGCCUGAAAAGCGUAGCCGUGUCGUUUGCUGAGACGGUGAAAAGCUCAGCGCCCAUCUUCACCGUCAUAAUGUCCAGACUGAUACUGGGGGAGUACACAGGUCUUUGGGUGAACUUGUCUCUGUUCCCGGUAAUGGCCGGUCUAGCUCUCUGUACAGCCACUGAAAUCAGUUUCAACAUGUUAGGCUUCUCUGCUGCUCUCUCCACUAACAUCAUGGACUGCUUACAGAAUGUAUUUUCUAAGAAGUUGCUAAGUGGAGACAAAUAUAAAUUCAGCCCUCCAGAACUGCAAUUCUUCACUAGUGCAGCUGCAGUGAUCAUGCUCAUUCCUGCCUGGGCCUUCCUCAUGGAUAUCCAUUUGUUUGGAAAAAGUGGGCAGGGCUUAAACCUGACCCAGGACAUUGUGGUGCUGUUGCUGUUUGACGGAGUCCUGUUUCAUCUGCAGAGCGUUACAGCCUACGCCCUCAUGGGACGCAUAUCACCUGUCACUUUCAGUGUGGCAAGCACAGUGAAGCACGCUUUGUCCAUCUGGCUGAGCAUCAUCGUCUUCAGUAACCCCAUCACACUGUUGUCUGCAGCGGGCACCGUAAUGGUGGUUGUGGGCGUUAUGCUGUACAACAAGGCCAAACAAGUGCAGAGAGAUACUCUGCAGGCUCUCGCCCAGUCAGCAGAUUCGGACCACAGACCCUUACUUCAAGAGUCCAACAUGAAAGCAGCUGAUUGAAUCAGAUGGGACUUAAAUCCUACGAGGAUAGAAGUUUUUAUAUUUAUUUCAGUUUUCCAAGAGAUGGAGAAAAGUAUUAUUCCAACUAUUUUUGCAACACGUCCUCAUCAAGUUCCCCAUAUGACGUAUUACAGACCUCACACGAGUGGUCGUUUGCAUAAAAGGUAGAGGGUCUAAGAAGGAGCAGAUUUUUUUGUUCGGAAUUGACCAGGCGUAAAAUAUACUUUAGUGAUUGGUUCGAUUUCUUUUAAUCUAGGUAAACGUGCGGAGUCACAUUGCCGUCUUAAUAAGAUGACUUCCUGAUUAGUUGGCAGAACAUAGACAAACUAUAUUUAAAUAUAUAAUCCUUCUACAUUUACAAACCUCUUCACCCUUUUUUGCUUGCACAUAUACAAUCAUAUCGACACCUAGGGACGAUCUAAUCAACAUCACUUGGUGAAAUAAAAUGUUGGAAAUGUGGCGAGGGAAUAUUAGCAAGGUUGCGUUGGAACAGAGGAUUUGUGGGUGGAGAAAAGAGGAGUUUUAACCCCAGAAACAAACUGAUCUAGUGGUACAUAUUCUUUGACAUGUCUUACAAUCCACGGCCUACAUACUUGUACAACUGCUGACCAAUGUCAGCCUUGUACCUCAAAUAUUAUUAACAUGCUAAUAUUAAAUGUACCACUGUCAGUAUAGCUUGGGCAUUUAACUAUUCUGAAAAAAUACAGUAGUUAUCAUUUUUCAGAUUUCAUUAUCUAUGAUUUUUUUUUUUUUUUUUUUUUAAUGGUUAGACCACUAACAAAUAAGGCUGCUAAAAAGUUAUUUCCCAAUGAGUCGGACAUUUAUAAGACGAAAAAAAGAAAGCUGACGUUAUUAAACGAUCUAGAUUUCAGCCAAAGUGGACAUUUUUAUUAUGUCUUUCUGAAGAUGCAGAAAAGACUAUUAUUAUGGUUAUAAACAAGGCUUCAAAAUGAAUAUUGACCAAAAAAGAUGUACGUAUAUUUAGGAGCCAAAUCAAUCCAGACCAUGAAUGACCAAAAGUAGAGCAAUAACAGUGUGUUGUUAUGAGCCAGCGUAUAUCAGGCCAGACUGGCACAGGGAUAGACAUCUCUGGUCAGUUUGUCCUCUUGUGAUAUCUAUUCUUUUAUCAUUCCUUUUUUUUACUACACAAAUUUUACUGUAAGUAGCUUAUCCAGUAGUCAAAUUUCUGUAAUAUUUUCUCAUUUUAAGCUUAAAAUUUUCUAUUCAGAUCAUUUUUGCUUCUUUCUAGAAAUAACUGCUUGACUAUUAGCAAAAUGUGCCUGUUCAUAGAACAAGCUUGAAAUUAAAAAAAAAAAAAAACUCUAGAAAUAAGUUUAACUAAUACAUGAUUAUUAUGAUAGACCUUUUUUCUCAUUUCAAGAUUGAAAUCAGACACAAAUUAUACCACGAUUAUUCAGGUAGCUCCUGUACUUUGAACGACCUACGAGCAGCUACGGCCACUUUGCUGUGACUGUGGAGAUGUUGGUUCUUUAAACCGUGAUCUUUUUUAUACCGAAGUGCAACACAGUGCAUCCUUAGGUAUUAAUGUGUGAUCCAUUGAUGCAUAUUGAUGUAUUGUUGCAUCCCUGUCAUUAUUUUUUUUUUUUAUGAUUGUAGAGAUAUUUGUUCUUUAGUCAGUAACACAGUUCUGUUUGGUAUACAGGGAUGAUGCACUGCGUCCGUGAGUAUUGAUGCAAGACACUUUGAUGCAGAUAUAUACGCAUUGUACUGUUAGUCGUUCUGAUAUGUCUGCCGUGGGGACAGUUUAUGGUUUCUACCUGAGCUUACAGUCUAUAUUUUUUUUUCAACUGGGCCAAAUGUCUGUUGUUACUUGCCGACAGAAUAUUACUGACAGAACCUGUGAACAGCCCUACGAUUCUGACAGACCCUGUGUUCCUUAGACUACUGAGCUAAAGACUGUUUAAUAAUCAGUCAGUCAUCUAUUUUACACUCAACUAAGAGCCUCGGAUUCUUGUCUUUUACUUGAUCUGUGUAGAAGGGAGUUGUACAUGAAGCUUUGUGUUCUCAACCUGUGUACUGACAUUUCAAUUUCUAAAAUCACUCUCCUUAGCCAGAUAUUUUAAACUAUAAUUUAAUUUCUUUCAUUUACUACAAGUGAACAUAUCAAUAUGAUGGUCUUAGUAGCAGAAAGACAGCUAUGGCAAUGUUUGUUUCUAUAGUAACGAUUAAUGAGGUUCAUGUUUUAAUACUGAAAAUGAUGCUUCUUAUGUAUUUUUGUCUGUACAAACUGGUCUCACCUGUGUUUAAAUGUGUUCAUUGAUGAGGUGUACAGGUAUCAUUUUAAUUUGGAGGAAAAAUGUCACAUGAAUUUAGUCUCAGAUUUGUAUUAAACGGAAUACAUCUUU